CCAGACAGGUGAGAGAGGAGGAGCCAUAGACGAGGAAGAAGACGAUCUACAGGAAAAGAACCAAAGAAGAAGAAGGCGACUUGGACAUGAGCAGAAGUCACACGUCAUAACAGGCCAGGCCGUUAAAUAAUGUUAUUUUCUACGGUAAUAAGUUAUUGGUAAAAUUAGGAGCAUGUUCUGCUAUCCUAAAGAGGGGUUAAAAGGAAGGAGAAGAGCAACAAGCUCCUACGACUACUGCACUUAAAACCAAGUCUGGACUUGCUUACACAGUCCUGGAUUUACUACGCAGAUGGCACAGCAGGAGGAGCCUCUCUAUGACUUUCCCGAACCAACCGAGCCGUCAGAGGGCAAGUUCCCAGGCCACCAGAGAGGAUGCGGAUCCCUGAAGAGCAUCAGCGUACUGGACCGGCUCCUGUUGACGGUCCCUGUAUGGCUCCAGCUCUCGAUCAACGCCGCCACUGCGCUCCACAUACUACAAAGGGAGCCUCCAGGGGUCAGAAUACAUUCUUGGUGCGCAAGUCUCUCACGUCCAAGAGAAAUGUGCUGUGUGUGCGCCUGGUGGAUGACAGCGUGCCAUCCUUUGUGCAGCAAUUUGGUAUCAGGGCGGAAUGUUCAACUCUUUCUCUGGAGACUUCAGCCAUCAGCUUUCCAGACCUUCCAAGACUUAUUUCAUUCUACUGUGUCAGCAGAGAUGUUUUACCCUUCCCCCUGGAGCUCCCUGAAGCCAUUGCUAAAGCAACCUCCCACAAAGAGCUGGAGUCCAUCUCUCAUAUGGGAGUAGAAUUCUGGAACUCGCAUUUGAAUGUCCGCGGGCCACGAGAGGCCCCAAAGACCGAGGAGAAGAGCCAAAACUCUCCAAUCUCAGCCAUAGCCACUGCUAAUUCGCAAACAAUCCCUGCAUCCCAAACCGAUUCCAGCCCGCAGCUUGACUCAGAGCUAAAUGCAACUCCUGAAUCAGACCCCAAUUCCACCCUGUUUCGAGAGUUCUGCCCGAUCGAGACGCGCAGCCCCAGAGAGCUGGACUGCGGCUCAGGCCUGGGCGCUCUCUGCUUCAUCAACCCUCUCUUCCUGCAGUCUGACAGCAUCCUUUCCAAACGGCGCUUAAUGAAACGCAGCUUCAAGGUCCGGGUGUCCACAGAGACGUCCACCCUGCUGUCGCCCCCACUCGCUCGUCCGCCCCCGCCACCCCUCAUGCCCAAAACUAAAGGAAAAUGUAAAGCUUUGAAGCAGGCCGAACCUCAGAACAUUUCUGAGGGUCAAAAACAAAUGGAAGCCUCCCAACUACCAACAGUGGCAGAGCAUCCACCUGAAGACACAGAUUACAUGCAGCCACCACCAGCCAUCACAUCCUCUCUUUCUCCAUCACUCUCUCCUUAUCUAGCACCACCCCUUCCCCCCAAAACGUCUCCCGCCCCUCAGGACCCUUCCAGCGCAUCUUUAGCCACUCACUAUCAAUUUCCAUCUCUUUCGCCCAAGGCUCCCAGUGCUUCCCUUUCUCCCUAUCAGUCACCAUCUUCUUCCCCCUUCUCUUUAACACCCUUCUGUUCUCCAGUUAUUUCUCCAAUGGCAGAGGAAGCCUGUCAGAAAACACCUACUUUCACAUCAAGCCAACAUGGGCUAGAGAAGAAAAUAAAUGAUAAUAAAGUGGAAGAACUACACAGAGAAAUGGAAGCAUCUACACUUGACACAGACAGCCGUGGUUCCUUUGAUGGCCUUGAGGAGGCUGCAGAGAUGGCACAAAAGACUGCAGUACAGCAAAAAAGUGAUAUCCAGCAAAAUUAAUCUUUAAACUAAUGCAGCAUCAAUUACACAAAUUGCAAUGUGGAAUACUGUCACUUCAAAUAAAUGCUCAUGGAUGGAUAAACUGUAAGGUAAGAUUUGGGCCUUACAUAAGUAUGUGUAUAUUACAUUAAUAAAAUGGAUAAUUGCUGUAAACUAGUGUAAUGCUGCCCACUGAAGUAAAAACAGACUGAAAAAUAUUUCAAUUAAAAGACAAUGGGUUUUUAUCAAAUAGUU